AACUCAAACAACUGAGGCAAUAAGCUCCAUGAAAUUAGCUCCUUAAAGGAUUCGAGUAAGAACAGCUGUCUUGUAACCAUAAGCUGCCUAUUUUUAGAGUACCAACAUCCUAUCCAUGGAAGCAAACUAGCCAUAAAUUGAAAGAUGGAUGUAUGGUGACCAAUGGAAUAGAAAGGCAGCAAAUCUUGAGAAUGGCAUCAUCUCUCCCAAGUGGUCCUCUUGUUCUUUCUCUCUACUUGCUCCUCUUCCCUGUCUGUCUUGCCACCGAUAGCGCUUCCAUAACCUACCAUGGGGGGCCUCUCCUGACAGGAAACCUACACCUAACUCUCAUUUGGUACGGUCAAUUUGGGCGUGUCCAUAAAAAUGUCAUUAGGGCCUUUGUUGAAUCUCUACAUUACAAUGCGGGAGCCAACUUACAGCCACAAGUCUCGUCAUGGUGGAAUGUUGUUGAGAGCUACCAAGAGGUUGCCGGGAAGGGAAGCAGCCCUAUCAACGUAAAAGUUGUGAAGCAAGUGACUGAUCUAAAAUAUUCAGCAGGGAAAGUUGUUACUAGCGAAUUUAUUCAGAAAGUUCUGCGGAAGGCGACUGGUGGAGACUCCAACACCAUCCCUGUUAUUCUUACUGCUAGAGAUGUUCAAAUGCAGGGGCUGUGCUUCACAAAAUGCUCACAACAUGGAAUGCUUGCAGGUGAUCAUCAGCAGCCAUAUAUUGUGGUGGGCAAUCCAGAAAGUGAAUGCCCAGGGUCUUGUGCUUGGCCAUUCCAAAAGCCAGACAAAGGGCCUCUAUCUAUAACAUUGAACCCGCCAAAUGGCAAUUUGGGCGUGGAUGCCAUGGUUAUCGCCUUCGCAAGGGCGUUGGUUGAAGCUGUGACCAACCCAUAUAAGACUGGAUUUUUCCAGGACAACAGUAAUAAUGCCAACAAAACCGUGGAGGCCGCAUCAGCUUGCUGGGGCAUUUUCGGAAGCGGAGCAUUCGAUGGCUACACCGGAAAAGUACGUGUUGAUCCAGAAACCGGAGGGGGUUUUAAUGGCCAUGGAUCAAGGGGUAGGAAGUUCUUGAUCCCUGCUGUCUGGAACCCUAAAACAAAGUCAUGCUGGACCUUACUUUAACAAGCCAUGAACGUACAAAGGGAGAGGUGAAAAAUUUAAUUGUAUAGCUUUUCAAAAUUCACUCCUUGUAGAAAAUCAAAUUCAACGUGCCAACAUUCAAUGUAUAAUUCAAUUGCUCUCUUGGAGU